AUGACAGAAAAACUCGAGUUGAAGGUGCAGGAGUCCAGUUUUCUGCUUCCCCAAGAUGGUGAUGUUGACGUUGGUGCAAAAUACCUCUUGGAUCAUCCUGAACAUGCCGACUAUUCGCAGGAAGAAGCCCGCAAAGUUUUGCGAAAAAUCGACUGGUUAUUGAUGCCGAUUAUGACAAUUGUUAUCACCCUUGCUGCCGCUGAUAAGAUCAUAAUUUCUAAUGCUGCUGUGCACGGAAUGCGAGAAGAUGCCCAUUUGGUGGGGUCUCAAUAUUCAUGGUUGGGAUCGAUUUUUUACUUUGGGUAUUUGGUUAUGGAGUUUCCCGCCAACUAUUUGCUCCAAAAACUUCCCGUGGCAAAGGUACUAUGUACUUCUUUCGUUGUGUGGAACGCAAUCUUGAUGUGUAUGGCUGCUGGGAACAAUUUUGCUGGACUUGGUGCAAUGCGGUUUCUCUUGGGAAUGGGCGAGUCGUUCUUAUUUCCCUCAUUAACCGUGAUAACUACCAUGUUCUAUAAAAAAUCAGAGCAGCCGUUCCGUACUGCCAUUUGGUUUUCAGGCUUCUCGUCGCUUAUCACUGGAAUCUUGUCUUAUGCCGUAGGACAUGCCCACUCCUCCAUCGCCAACUGGAGACUCUUGUUUCUUGUGUUUGGAGCCAUAACCAUUUUCUUCACUUGUGUGUUGUUCAUUCUCUUGCCCGACAGUCCAGUAACUUGUCGCUACUUUAAUGAAAGAGAGAAGUACAUUGCGGUACACCGAACCAUCGAAAACAAAACCGGAACAAAAAACACAAAUUUCAAGAAAGAUCAGGUUAUCGAGGCUUUGACAGACUGGAAAACUUGGGUCAUGGCGGUGUUUGUAUUGUCCAUCAAUAUCAGCAAUGGUGCCUUGGUGACAUUUGCAGCACAAAUUGUCUCAGGUUUAGGUUACUCACCGAUCAGAACUACCUUGCUUGGAAUGCCCACUGGAGUGUUUAUGACAUUAAGCAGUUGGCUCAUUGCCUUGCCUGGUCUCUACUUCCCCAAGAAAUUCCGUACCAUAUGUGCUGGUACCAUCUGCUUAUGUCCUUUGAUUUGCUGUGCAUUGAUGAUGACUCUCCACAACAAACAUGGUUUGCUCGUUGCUUACUAUUUCUUUUACUUCUACUGGGGUCCUUACGUAUGUAUGACGUCGUUGUCCAUGGCCAACACCUCGGGCCAUACAAAAAAGACUAUCGUCAAUACGGUGAAUUUUGUGUCUUAUUGUGUGUCCAACAUCAUUGCUCCACAAUUCUUUCUCGCCAAACAGGCACCUCAUUACCUUACUGGUUAUCAUGCUAUUUUAGGCUUUACCUCCGCAGCUUGUCUUUCAAUUUUGGCUUAUGGUGCUGGAUGCUAUAUGGAAAAUGCUAGGAGAGACAAGCUCUACGGACCACCAUCAUUGGAUUUUGAAGAGGAUGCCAAAAAUUUGACAGAUAAGCAAAAGGCCAAGAAUUUUCGAUACGUUUGGUAG